AUGACUGAAGUAACGUUCGCUAGAACCUUCCUAACGGCGCUGGACUCGCGUCCACAGAAGCUGUCGGCCGACCAUGUCGAGGACCCAAAGAGCUAUCCGGCACGGCCACCUUACAUCCUGCCGCGGAUGCCCAAGCCCAUGUCCAAAGCAGUCUCCCUCGCGCCCGGCCAGGAGCGCAGUAUAACAGUGCGCAUCAAGUCACUGCGCAAUCCACCCCUCGACAUCAGGCUCAGCUCCCAGCCGCUCAACACCUCCAUCCUGGACGUCAAGACCUCCGUGUCGUCCGAGACCACUAUCCCUGUGGAGAAGAUCAAGGUCCUGCACAAGAAGAAGCCCGUCGCCGACAGCAAGGUGCUGAAGGACCUGCUCGGGGAGGACGAGACCAGCGUCGAGUUCUCCGUCAUGGUGCUUGGCGGUGCCGCGGCUGUGGCAUCACCGGGCCCCAAGGCUGAGGAUGAGCCCGUGGCCGAUGCUACCACGACGGCGCAGGGCACGAGUGGCGAGGCAGUGUUGCAGACGGACGCUUUCUGGACAGACCUGAGGGGUUUCUUGUCCCAGAGGAUACGGGAUGAGAAGAUCACGGAGGAGCUAUUUGGGAAGUUCCUUUCGAGUUGGGAGUCAGGUCGGUAG